ACAGUACCACCCAGCAAACGACCUCGUUUCCCUUAUAUUUUAAACUUGUGUGAGUAACGGAAUAUGAAGAAUGGAUGUGAGACGAACUGAGGAGCUGUCAGAAAACACUGCAGCCGCCUACUGUUCCUGCUCCGCGUCUCCCACCAACGUUGCCGUCUCCGAAAGAAAGUUUCCUUACAGCGAAUUACCCAGAAUAAUUUGCCGCAAAUAUUCCUUUGAAAAAAACUGUGCCUUCAUCAGGUAAUUAUCGAUCCUGUCUCUAUCUUAUUUUUCUCUUCUUAUUCAUAAUUACGUCAACUUUUUCCCGACCAAAUCAUACCCUCACUGGAUUCUCGCCGGCCGAUCUUUAUCUACCGACCGGUGCAAGAUGGCACCGAAAGAACCCUUUUUUCUUCUCGGGUUUUUGCUCUUGUUUUGUUUUUUAAUGUCCUUUUCCAAUGCGAACUGCCCCAAAACCAAUUCUUCCCUCCUCAACUACACAUCCCAAUUCUUGAUGGUACAACACCAAUUGCGUGGGGUACUUACUAUCCUAGAUGAUUGUUCCUUUAAGGUUUCCCAAUUUGAUAUGCUUCAAGGCUCGGAUAAUGUUAGCUGGUGGGGUGCCUCGGGUGAAACCUUCGAAAAUCUCACUCGGGGUUUUCUGAUCUCAGAUCAUAAGUUGAAUCAGACCUAUAAAAAUGAUAGCUUUACUGUUAAUUUACUGAAAAAUGUCACUUGGGAUCAGAUCAAAGUUCUUUCUGUUUGGGAUUUGCCCACUGCUUCUGAUUUUGGUCACGUUGUCCUUGGGAAUUCUUCCUCCACCAAUUUUAAUGGGACUGGUGGUCCUUUGACAGUUACCAUGUUCGAUAAUUGUAAAGUUUUGUCGAAAAACUAUAGGGUUAGGUGGAAUUAUAGUGAAGAUAAGGAUUUGAUUGAUUUUGGGUUGGAAGCUGCUAUUGGGAUUCAGAACUAUAUGGCCUUUGGUUGGGCAAAUCCCAAUGCUUCCGAGAAGUUUAUGGUGGGUGGAGAUGUGACUGUGAGUGGUUUUAAGGAGAAUGGAAUGCCAUUUGCAGAGGAUUAUUUCAUAUCAAAGUAUAGUGAGUGUGUGGUGAAUGAGGAGGGGAAGUUUCAGGGGGUUUGUCCUGAUUCCAUGCUUGAUAGCUCUGAUCCUAUUGGUUUGGUUAACAACACGAGAUUAGUUUAUGGGCAUAGGAAGGAUGGGGUUUCUUUUAUAAGGUUUAGGAGACCGCUGAAGAGUGUUGAUGGGAAGUAUGAUUUGGCUGUGAAUCCUAAGGCUAAGAUGACUGUGAUCUGGGCUUUGGGCUUGAUAAAGCCGCCUGAUAGUCUUCGCCCUUUUUAUCUUCCUCAAAAUCAUGGUGGUACUUUUGGACACUUGGUACUUAACAUAUCAGAGACUGUGAAUGAUUGCUUGGGACCUUUGGAUGCUGAAGACAAGGAGGACCAAGAUCUUGUCAUUGCUGAUAAGAAGGAACCUCUAGUUGUUUCGACUGGGCCAGCAUUGCAUUACCCCAAUCCGCCUAAUCCUUCAAAAGUUCUUUAUAUUAACAAGAAGGAGGCUCCUGUUCUUAGGGUUGAGAGAGGGGUUUCAAUCAAGUUCUCCAUACAAGCAGGGCAUGAUGUUGCAUUCUAUGUCACCUCUAAUCCACUUGGUGGAAAUGCUACCUUGAGGAAUAUGUCUGAGACUGUUUAUUUUGGGGGACCAGAAGCUGAAGGAGUCCCAGCAAGCCCUACAGAACUGACAUGGGCGCCUGAUCGCAAUACACCAGAUAUAGUUUAUUAUCAUUCUGUCUAUACGCAAAAGAUGGGUUGGAAAGUUCAAGUAGUUGACGGGGGUCUGCCAGAUAUGUAUAACAAUAGUGUUGUUUUGGAUGAUCAGCAAGUUACACUUUUUUGGACAUUAUCAAAAGAUUCAAUAUCAAUUGCAGCUCGGGGUGAAAAGAAAAGUGGUUAUCUUGCAAUAGGUUUUGGACGUGAAAUGGUACACAGCUAUGCUUAUGUGGGUUGGAUUGAUGAUGAUGGAAAAGGAAGGGUGAGCACAUAUUGGAUAGAUGGAAGGGAUGCCUCUAGUUUGCAUCCAACUCAGGAGAACUUGACAUAUGCAAGAUGCAAGUCUGAAAAUGGUAUCAUCACAUUUGAAUUCACCCGUCCGUUACACCCAUCUUGUAGUAAAAGAGAUGAAAGGCCAGAAUGUAAUAACAUUGUUGAUUCUACAACCCCUCUUAAAGUUAUUUGGGCAAUGGGUGCUCAAUGGUCAGACAACCACUUGAGCGUAACAAAUAUGCACUCUGUCACAAGCAAGAGGCCUGUUCACGUGUUGCUUAUGCGUGGUUCUGCUGAGGCAGAGGAGGACUUGCGGCCAGUAUUAGCUGUACAUGGUUUUAUGAUGUUUCUUGCGUGGGGUAUACUGCUUCCUGGUGGUAUUCUAGCUGCAAGAUACUUAAAGCAUGUCAAAGGUGAUGGGUGGUUUCAACUUCACGUAUACUUGCAAUACUCAGGAUUAUCAAUCGUUUUCCUUGGUUUUCUUUUUGCUGUAGCCGAGCUUCGAGGUCUGUUCCUCCACUCAUUACAUGUCAAGCUUGGAAUGCUGGCGAUAUUGUUGGGUGUUGUGCAACCAGUAAAUGCCUACUUUCGACCUAAGAAACCUGGUGCUGGAGAGGUGGUUUCUUCAAGGAGGAUUCUUUGGGAAUAUAUGCAUGUCAUUGUUGGCAGGUCCAGCAUUCUUGUUGGGGUUGCAGCUCUUAUCACUGGAAUGAAGCAUUUGGGAGAAAGAUACGGUGAUGAAAAUGUUCAUGGACUUACUUGGGCUCUGAUAAUCUGGUUAUUGGUUGGUGCUUUGACAGUAAUUUACUUGGAGUACCGUGAGAAGAAGAGGCGGCGGGAUAGAGUAUCUGGAGGAAGCAGUUGGGUAUUGGGUAACGGUGAGGAGGAGGAUGUCGAUCUCUUGAGUCCAAGUCGGACAGUAGCAGAAAAAGAUUCAGAUUUUUCUGAAAGAAUGGAAGUGCAGUUAGAACCUUUGAGCAGAUAGAAACUCCCUUUGAAGAUUCGCCUAGGAUAUAAACUUGCUCUGGUCCAGCAAUUUUGAAAUCGGCAACUCAUACAGAAGACAGCAGGCUUUGUUGGUUACAAGGUUUUAGGUGUAUCACAUGUCACGGCUUUGUCCUACUUUUUGUCCCUCGCGAGGCAGCUAAGCUGCUGGAUGUAAUUGUAUACUCCAUACAUUUAUUGGCAUAGUUAAAAAGUAUUCUUUUUAAUAGAAAUCUCUGUAGAAAGGAUUUUGCAGUUCUCUUUUGCA